GUAAGCCGAACAGCCAUCAAUGCUGUGAGAAGUCUUCUGGGUGACAUGGAGACAACUGUGAUGGCCAGUGUUCCAUGUUCUUGUACUACUUCCAGAGCAGAUACGGAAGGAAUGCUCUCUGAGGCAACAGGCGAGCACCCAGCGAAAUCAAUGGCCUCUGCAAAAGUUGAGUUGAUCGCUGAUGAUUUAGUGGAAGAUGCCAUCGAUAUGUGUAGUGAAAUGAUUUUAGAUGACCAGCCACUAGCCCUACUACAUGACGAUCCUGAAGAAGGUCCAUCAAAUGUUGUUGUUUCUGGACCAAUUCAGAGCAGCCUGUCUGGAUCUGAUGAACGCCACACCAAAUCACAGGUCCCUGCAGUAAAGAUUGAAGACCAUGAGGUAAAGCCAAUUUUGAUCCAAGACACAGCGCUCAUAUCUCCAGAUGAGAAGAAUACUGAUGAAAAAAGAGUCAUUAGAGUAAGUAAUGUCUUUGACUCAUCCCCUAGAAGGAAAGCUCACCAGGCCACCAGAAGCACCUCUUUUCCUAACCUUUAUGUCACCCUUGUGGAUGGAGUUCUGGACCAAAUGAGCACAGAACCUUUCAAAGAAAUCGUGGCCCAAUCUGUGAGGAAUGAGGUAAGACGUUCUGUCUCUUUGCCUCAAUUUGGAUCGGUGAACCUCAAAAGCGAGGACUGCUUGAAGAAAGACAUUAUUGAGGAUAUGUUGAAAAGUGUAUCCAGAAAACUCAGUAAAGACCAGGCCUGUCAGUUGACCGGGAAAGCCAGUGAGACCAUGAAUGCCAAUGUAGAUGCCAUUUCACUUACCCCCAAACUACAGUCUACUGCCAAAGACCUACUCAUCAAAGUUCUGGAGCAGGUCAAGACUAUAAUAAUCAAUAUGAUUAGACAAGAUUCUCCCAACAGGGCGAUUUCCCCCAGGGCAAGCCAGACUGCCAUCAAUGCUGUCAGCAACAUUUUGGGUGCUAUGGGAACCUCUCUCAUGGCAAGCAACACACCAUUUGUUCCUGAUGUGGCUGGACUCCAGCCUGACCUAGAUGAUGUAGCAUCUUACUCAACUGAAGCUUUUGAGGGAUAUCCAGGGAUCUGGAAGUCAUCCCUGAAGAUAAAAUAUAUUGCCUCAGGCCUCAUGGACACUGUCUGUGAUGACCUACUGGAUGAGGAUGGUUUCCUCAGACGGAGCGCUGGUGCAAUAUCCUCACAGGAAGAUCUUGAUCUUCAGAAGGUAAUUACUUCAAAACCAGCAUCCCCAGUCAAUUGCAUGCCUGUCACAAGAUGCCUGUCAUCCUACCCUGAUGCUUUGAAGAAUCCUGAAGACAUUGAAAAUGCUACUCACCUCAGGAGAAGCCUUGACUCUCUCUCCGUAAUUGGUGUGCCUACUUCAACCUCAAAGGAAGUUUCAUAUGGCACAGAAUUGAAACUGACCCAGUUGCAAAAUGAUGUCUCUGCAUCAUCCUCACUUUAUGCCAUGAGCUCAUUGGAGUUUACCUCCAGUGGAUCUGAUAUCCCUAUUGACGAAGAGGCCCAAAGGAUUUCCUCCACAGACGAAGAAGACAGUCUGUCCAAAUCCCUCCUGACCUCUUCCAAAUCAGUCUUCAAUGUCUCUGGCCUCGUCCCUACUCCUCCAGAGGGAAAGCCAAAGGUGAGGCUGCCAUGGCGCCCAGUGCUACGCCUUAGGAAGGUUCCAGAGCAGCCCCCCAACAAGAUGCACAUUUACACAGUUUACAGGGAUGCUUUUCAUUUCCCAACUGAGACAAUGCGAUCGACCAGUCCAUCAUCAUCCGAGGGAGACUUCUCAACUCCAGAGUCCCAGAGGCCAAGAGCGGUGGACAGCUCAGACAAGGAGUCUAUCUUUAAUAUAGACUCAUCCAAAAGACUCGUCGCAGAGAUAAUGCUGUCUGUUCGGGAGGACCUUGUUGAGGCAAAGCAGAGCGAAUUGGCCGCACAUCUGGCUGCGCUGUCGUCUGACAAUGAGAUACUCAGCACUUUGGCUCAGAGUGGGACACCCCGCGCCGAUUCACGAACUGCCUCCAACACCUCUCCUCACAGCGAGAGUGAUAACUGAAGAGAGAUUCACAUGUUUACUUGGACAUACAUGAUAGAAGCAUUUGCUUAUAUUAUUUUGAAUCGAAUUGAGCUAUUAAAGAAUGCAUGUAUUUUCUAAAAAAGACAUAAGCUUUUAUUUACACUGUGUAGUUUUUCUUAGAUGUAAGUGUUAAGUUAAGAAUAUUAAAUUGAAAGAGGAGAGAGUAAUUAUAUAUCUUUGCUCUGAAUGGUGACAUUGUUUAAACGGUCUCAAAAUUUGACCAUAAAAUAUGAAUACACAUUUUUUUUUUACACUGACUUUUAUGGUUCUAGCGGGAGGAGAGGACAAAGCUGGAUGAAUUUAGGAGUCACAAGCACCCCAGUAAUCCUUAUUAACUUUACAUUCCUGCUAUUUUUCCUGCCUGUAAGCAGUCUCUCUUAACAGCAUUGUGUGACCUAUUGUUCUAUUGACACAGAAACGCUUCACUAAUCAGUACAACUUCCUCUGUAUUCCAGUUAUUAUACCUCAGAUUGUUGAAUUUAUGCAUCAAGAGUAUUGUGGUAUUUUAUUCACUGUUUAUUCUGGCAAGAUUUGAUCAUUAUUGCUCAGAUUGUCAGAAUAUUUGAAUACUGAAUAGCCUCAUUAGAAUAGAGCUGCAACUAUUUGAGGGUAAAUCCCAGAAUCAUUAGGACUACUUUGGGACAUAUUGAGUCCAGAUUGGCCUAAAUGCAAUGGGUCAGGUGGUAUUUUAAAAUGGCUAUUCACUUAUUAGCACGAGUUUUCACAUGUGACACUGUAAUCGCCAAUGAUUUAUAUAUAGGCUACACUAGAUGACUAAUAAGGCAUUGUGAAAAGUAUUUUGGAAGCAAUAGAAAUGCAUAUAUUAAUGACUACAUUUGUUUGUGACACGUUUAUCAUAUUACAUACACCUUAAUGCAUACUUUUAAAUUAUAUUAUGUGAGCUAAAGAUACAAAAUCAUUUUUUCCCUGAAGUAUAAUUUUAAGAGAUUACUGAAGUCCAUGUCCCCACUACAGAAUACUUAAAUACAUGUAAUUUUGUCAUUGAAACAUUUAAUUGAAAUACUGUAGAAUUCCAUUCAUUCCUAUGGAGGAAUGCUUCUACUGGGGAGUACCAAUAUGGCAGACCGGUGUUUUCAAAGCCUCUCAAUAGCCAAUACAUAGCAAUUACCAAUCCAGGGUUUAUAUACAUCACUGGUAAUUACCCAAUUUUAAUAAAAGCUAGUAACAUUCUCAACACUCUAGCAGUUUCACUAGACUUCUUACAGUACCCUAUAACAAGUGCAUCUACUGUACAUACCAUAGUAGAUAUUUAGUGGCGAUAUUAGCAUGUAAAUCUUGGUGGGGCAAACUCCCCAAUUGUUGUAUUGUUGAUGCAUGCAUGGAAAGCUAAACAACACAUAAAUUGCACUAUAACAGUGACAAACGGAGCCCACAAACUGUUAGGGCCUGCAUAAAGCUGUCCCAACAGCAGAGCCUUCUUUUCACCACCAUGGCAUUAAUCCUUACCACCACUACACCUGACUAUCAGCGGAGCCUUG